AUGAGCACGUCACUCACAUCAACAUUAUCGGUUCAAAAAGCUAAUACCGACAGAGUAAAUUUGAUACCUGAAUAUAACUGGCAUGUUCAAUUUGACAAGCAAUUCGAUCCACGUUGGAAGCCUUUUGAUCGACCACGAGCUACACAAAUUUUAGAAUAUGCACCAUUAUUUGUUAGAUAUUUGCAAUACUAUUUUCGUAUCAAAAAAUUGAAAAGAAGACCUCAUAUGGAUUUUAUUAAUCCUGUCCCAUUGCAGCAAAUAUACGGGGUACCUAUUGGUGGUAUCGGGUGUGGCACAAUUGGAAGGGGUUUUCGAGGAGAAUUUUGCCGAUAUCAACUCGUUCCAGGAUUAUAUGAAUUUCGAACUGUAGAAAUAAAUUCGUUUUCCGUUUGUGUUCGACGACGUUGUAGAACCUAUUAUACUCAAGUAUUGAUUCCGUAUCGCAUGCGAAAAAACGGCAUGAAAUCAUGGCACGGUGCUUUUCCAAACGAGAAUGGGCAUUAUUAUGCUCUUUAUCCACAAUCAUGGACAACUUAUGAUUUACCGGGACAAAACAUACGUUUGUUAUGUAAACAGUUAUCUCCGGUUAUUCCUCAUGAAUACAAAGACUCUUCCUUACCCGUUGGGUCGUUCGUAUGGUACAUUGAGAAUAAUAAUGAUGAACCUGUUGAAGUUAGUUUAAUGUUUACAUGGCAGUCAGGAUCAGAACAAGGCCAGUUAACUGGCUGUAAGUAA